GUCGUCGUCGUCGCGUCGUGAACUUGUAUCGAAGUGUGAUACCGAAGGGCUUCCCACCACACAGAGAUCCGGGAGCCCACGGUGGAACUGCGAAUGCCGUAGUGUUAGACGGAAAAAGGGAGUGCUUGCCAGCAGUGGAAACCAUAUACCGUAAGUUUCGCGAUGCACCCGGGUUCGUUCGUUCGUUCGUUUGUUCGCUCGCCAGAUCUUGGGAGCUGUGCGUGAGCGAAAAACAACAAUGGCGUAAUUAAGUGGUAGAUAAUGUUCCGCAAUUGUCACGUUCGAUGAUGACGAGCUGAGAACAGCCAUGGUGGUGAUGGUGAAAAAUAAGUAAGCGAAUGGAACGAGGAAAUUUUUACGAAUCGUUUUUUUUUUGUUUGUAAUUUUGCAAUAUGAAGAGAUUGUCUGCGAAUUGGAAAGUGUUUAGUUGCAGAAAGUUGGCUGGCACGAAAAUGGAAAAUGCCACAAACAACGAACCGCUGGCUGAUGCAGAUAUCGAUACGUGGUAUUGGCCCGAAGGCAGCUGUUGAAACAGCGGCGGCGGAACAUGAAUACCAAUGAAGCUGUGUUGUGAAGUUCAGUUUGUCGGUUGUGAAGUUAAUCUACUGGGUGAUCUACGCAUCGCACCGUAACGGGAAGACAGAAAACAGGUGCUGCUUUUGGGAAGGUGAUUUCAAUUUAUUUGAAUUAUUUUCUAUUAAACCAAACGGAAACUACUGAACGAGCAGUGCAGUUUAUCGUCUGUGAAAUUGGUGAAAAUAUAAAAACGUCUGCCGGUUGCUGUUAGUUCGUUGGAAAUCAUGACAUCUGAAAACAGUGGAAUAAUGGCUAUCCCGAUGAUCACUUGACCUCAAAAGCUCCCGCUGAGGCAACAACAUAUCCUACCACUGACGAAGUGAUCGUGAUACGAACAAACCAAAUGAAAAUGAGGAAAAAUUGCAUCAUUUGUCGUAACCCGAAAAGUGAGAACAGUCACCGAAACGUGGUCAAACUCAACCUCUUCGCGAUUACGUAAGCGCGGUUCGAUGCGCUGUUUGUUAAAUUGGCACUGAGCAAAAUCCGAAAAGUUUGCCCCAAGAAGACGUAAGGCGUAUGGAAUUGUUAUAAAGUGAGCGCAAAUAAGUACAAGAAGAAACGAAACUCGUUUUAUUGCGUCAGGUGUGAAAUUAUAUUUUUGCAUUUCUUUUCGAGUACGCCCCGUGAGUGUGGCCUUUUUUUGCUGUAAACGAGGACACAAUUUCGUAACAACAAGCCAAUUCAAUUUACACGGUGUUAAGUGUUUGACCAAACGAUCGACAACAGGAAGAAGAAGAAGUAAAAGUUAGUGUGUCUCCAAUACUAAUGAAUUCGUGAGUGCGUAACUCAAGUCAAUGAUCGAAAAAUAUUCGUGCAAAAAAUACAUUCAAAGUUCCCCCAAUUCGAUCGAAAACGUCGUGAAUGUUUACAGUGAAGCAGUGGUUUUUGGUUAACUCUCAACAACCAUAUGAUCUCAGCGAACGGCGGCAGCACAGCAUAUGCGCGUGUGUGCGUUGCGAUCAUCACCCACCCACCGUCGUCGUUCGAAUUCAAAGACGCAGAGUGUCCCAUUCACCAGACCAACUCGCGGUGGUGAACGAGACAGACACUUCCCCCGAAAGGAGCAACAAAAAUGACGUCAUCAUGCGUCGUCAACCACGCGUUCGCCGUCGGCAGCCCCCACUGGAUUUCGGUGUUCCUGUGGAUAGGCUUCAUACUGGCACCGGUCGCAGAAUCUCAAGAACUGAACACACCUCCCGUGAUACUGGUUGACCGAAACUGGCGGAUACGGGAGAACACCACCGUAGGCUCGAUGAUCAAACAAGUCGGAGCUGAGGACAGCGACAACGAUGAGCUAGAGUUUGGCCUCGACCCACUGGGCAGUGGCCAGCUGCAGCCGUUUGUGAUCGACCCACAAACCGGUUACGUUUAUUUAAAUGAAAGUCUUGAGGGAAAAGCUGGACAAAACUUUUUCGUGUACGUAACGGUCACUGACGGUCUGGUCACAUCGAAAAACGAGGUCUACGUGAACAUCCUGAGUAAGAAUGCCACCGGUGUGUACAACACACGCGGUUUCACACCGGACAUCAACAGCAUCCGGAGGAUUCUGCCACCUGGAAUACACUUGCCAGGAAUUAGUUCUAUUCCGCAGGCACCGCCACCACCUCCACCGUUUCCACCAAGGCCAACGCAACCGUUGGACGUCAACCAGCAAUCGUCGUUUUCAUCGACAACCAAACAAACAAAGACCUAUCCGGACAGACCGGAUUCCACGACGGAAGCAUCGUCAGCAGUGUCCGGCAAUGGAACCAUCACCAAACUCACUCCAGUGUCUACUGGCUCGCCCAGUUUAGUACCGCCGGUGUCUCAUUCAACUACGACAGCCACCAAAGUCAGUAGUAGUACGGUAAAUCCAAUCCGUGGUAAACCCACGGGCAGUGGCAACGAGAGUCACCAACUGACAUCGAUCGUUCCGGUGAUCAUCUCAGUUGUAGCCAUCUUCCUAACUGCCGGUCUGAUAGCGAUGUGCAUUUUCCGCAAGUAUCUGUGCGCCAUCAGUAAAACACUGAAGAAAAAGAACAAAAUCGACAAAGCCAAAAAGUCAAACCAAAGCAAUCUCAGUAGCAAUAUCACCUCGAGCACGACGGCAGAGGAUAGCCGGAAUUCCAUCGGCAUGAACCACUGGAGUGGCCCCAUAGCGUUCAGCAAUCGCUACACGUCACCCUGGGAUCGGGACCAGAAUGCACAUAUGCAGGUCACCUCCCAGCUUUCGUCGGCCAGUUCGAACAACUCCGGUAUGAACGGUUGCUUGAAGGAUCGGUGGGAAUUCCCUCGGCACCGGUUAAAAGUGUUCAACAUCCUCGGGGAGGGUGCCUUCGGUCAGGUGUGGCGCUGCGAGGCCAUUGACAUCGACGGCAAAGAAGGCAUCACCGUUACAGCCGUUAAGACACUGAAAGAAAACGCCAGCGAAGCGGAACGGAACGAUCUGCUGUCGGAGCUCCAGGUGCUGAAGUCGCUCGAGCCGCACAUCAACGUGGUGCGGCUGCUUGGCUGCUGCACCGAGAAGGAUCCGAUUUUCGUGAUACUGGAAUACGUCAACAUGGGUAAACUACAAACGUUCCUGCGGAACUCGCGUGUCGAAAAACACUACGGAAAUACUCACGGAAAGUCGAAAAUCCUAACGUCGGGAGAUUUGACUUCAUUUAUGUACCAAGUUGCGAGAGGAAUGGAUUUCUUAACCUCACGAGGGAUCAUCCACCGUGACUUGGCGGCACGUAAUAUCCUAAUUACGGAGGAUCACACCUGCAAGGUGGCCGAUUUCGGCUUCGCUCGAGACAUCGUCACCUCGAAGGUGUACGAACGGAAGAGCGAGGGCCGACUGCCGAUACGGUGGAUGGCAACCGAGUCGCUGUACGACAACAUCUUCACCGUCAAGUCGGACAUCUGGAGCUUCGGUAUUCUGAUGUGGGAGAUUGUCACGCUCGGUUCCACGCCCUAUCCGGGCAUCGCCGCUGCGGAUGUGAUGCGAAAGGUGCGCGACGGAUACCGGCUGGAAAAGCCGGAACACUGUCGCCGCGAGCUGUACAAUAUCAUGUUCUACUGCUGGGCCAAAGAUCCGAACGAGCGGCCCGAUUUCCCGGAGGUCGUGGAAAUGCUGGACCGACUGCUGCAGACUGAGACGGAUUACAUCGAGCUGGAACGGUUUCCCGAUCACAACUACUACAACAUGCUGAACAUGAGUGGCGAAAAGCUGUAACCAGCCGAGAUUAUUUUCCGAAACGAGACGAUGUAAAUAAUCAUAAAAUUGUGAUAAGUUUGGCAUCUAGUGAACUAUUUAUAUUUACCUGACAUAUCCGCUAGGUAUUGGAAAACUUUCUGGAAAGUGUGUACAUUGUAUGUUUUCCUUCUAGU